AUGGAGCUUGUGGUGACGCUGCCGGCGGAGGUCUUCCGCUGCCGGAUCUGCUUCGUCACCAAGGCUGCCGGGAGACCAACUUUUGGCGAGUACAAGGACCACUCGGCCCUUCUCCGCCACUACAGGAGGCUGCACGACCCGGAAACGGUUCCCGUUUUCGAGUGUCAGUUUUGCGGCCGACGCGACCCGCGGCUGAAGACGCUGCGGCUACACCAGCGGCUCUGCAAUGCAGAUUCCGCAACCCCCGGCGCUGCCAGUCGGGGGAGAGUGAGUAUGGGACACGAUGCCGUGUCUGGCUCUCUGGGGCACCCAGAGAGGUCAGCCGGCGGGAGGUCACAGGCGAGGGCCCCCGAAGCUAGUAGGACAGGCCCUUCGUCCUUAGUUAGUGCUGGGCGAAAGCCACAGGCGAAAGCGGCUCGGGAAGUUAGUACCAUAGGCCGCCUAGCCUUAGAUAAUAGAGAGGGGCUAUGGCCACAGCCCAGUCCGGUCCCCGAAGCUAGUAGGACAGACCGGCUGGACUUAGGAUUAACAUACGCGGCGGUCCUGACCCGCAGCAGCGUGGUGGGCUCACAGGCUGCCUUGCCCUCACCCUGUGUGAGUGUGCAGGCGUCUGCGACGCCCAGGACGGCGGUGGUUGCCACCCCCGCGUCGUGUGUACUCUGUGUGCGCACGCCGAGGAGGUCUGGCAUCCCCCUGCCGACACGCUCCGCGACGUCAACCGCGUCGCCACGAGUGCCGAGCGCAAGUUCGGGAGGUGAAGGCAGCCCGCUGCCGACGCCUGCCGCCGAACGCGUCGCUCCGGCCAGAGGCGCAGUGUCCGACAAAGGCCGCGGCUCGCCGCUGCCCGCGCCGGCCAUUGCACCCAGUGGCGUACGCUGGCCACGUCGUGCGGCUGCCGCAGGCGCCUCCCGCCCGCCAUCUGUCGGGAGCGUGGGUACCGGCCUGGGACUGCCGCCCGCAUUCGCUACGCCGCCAACAGGUGGCUCUGCGGUGCGGGCGAACAGUGGCAGGCAGGCUGCCUCGCUCGCCGCGACCGUUGGUGUUGUCAUUCACGGCGCAGCCGCGCCGCCGGUUGACGCACCAAAGGCCGCGCGCCCGGCGGAUGCACCGGAUGGUGUGGUGCUUGUGCGGUCGCAGACGUACACGCGCCGCGUUUCCUCUGCCCUGCCGGCGGUUACGUCGAGUGACGCCCGUCACUCCGUCUCCGCUCAGGCAGGGAGUGCUACUAAUCAGAAAGCUCCUGUUACAGAUAACGAGUGGCACGUAGUCACCCCACGGAGGGACAGACGCCGUGCUGCAGGACGCAGACCACCGCCCCCGGACCGACGGCGCAUCAUACCGCCCAGUCCGCGUAACAGCGGCCCGGCGCGAGCCAACGCGCCUGGGCGGCCGGCGCGAGCUACACAUCGUGUAUCUCGCGCCGGCGGCAGGGCGCGGGCGACCGCUGGGCCAUCUGUUGGCGGCGCGGCGAACAACAGCCGCGGUGCGCUGGGCCCGAGCGCCAGGCCGGCGCGAGUUACACCUCGAGACGCCCGGCCGGCGCGGGCUACACCGGCCACCCCUACGACCACUGCGCCAUCUGGUAGCGAUCGUCGGGCACCCAGUCCGCGUGCGUGUCUUUCUCCUCCCUAG